GUAGAAUUAUAGCAAAGUGAACAUUUUCUCUUGUGAAAAUGUGGAUUGGCAACAAAAUAAUCAUCCUUCUAACUCUGCUGUGUUUCUACGUAAUUGGAAUCAAUUCACUACAAAAUGAAUACAAUUUUGUUGUCAGAGAAGCUCGUUAUACAAGACUCUGCAGCACAAAACCCAUAUUGACAGUGAAUGGACAAUUUCCAGGGCCAAUUAUUAGAGCCUACCAUGGUGAAACGGUAUAUGUGAAUGUUCACAAUAAGGCAAAGUUCAACAUCACCUUGCACUGGCAUGGAGUGAAACAACCAAGGAAUCCAUGGUCAGAUGGCCCUGAAUUCAUCACUCAGUGCCCCAUAAAACCUGGAGGGAAGUUCAGGCAAAAGUUGAUUUUUUCUAUUGAGGAAGGGACCAUUUGGUGGCAUGCUCAUAGUGAUUGGGCAAGAGCCACUGUCCAUGGACCUAUCAUUAUUUAUCCCCAACCGGGUACAUCCUACCCUUUUCCCAAACCGGAUGCAGAAGUACCUAUUGUAUUAGGAGAAUGGUGGAAGAGUGAAGUCAAGGAUGUCUAUGAUGAAUUUCUCAGAACUGGAGGAACCCCAAAUAACUCUGAUGCUAUAACUAUAAAUGGUCAACCUGGUGACCGUUUUCCCUGCUCAAAAUCAGAUACAUUCAAGUUAAAUGUACACCGCGGCAAGACUUAUCUUCUGCGCAUUGUCAAUGCUGCACUCAAUCUCAACCUCUUUCUCUCUGUUUCAAAGCACAAUCUCACAGUUGUUGGUGCUGAUAGCAGCUACAGCAAGCCAGUGACAAGAGAUUACAUAUGCAUAUCUCCAGGACAAACUGUUGAUGCAUUGUUGCAUGCCAACCAAGAGCCUAAUGACUACUACAUGGCUGCAAGGGCAUAUUCAAGUGCAGUUGGAGUUACCUUCAAUAAUGCCACAGCCACAGCUAGGAUCCACUACAAAGAGAACCAUACUCCAACUAAAUCUCCUUCAUUACCUUAUCUCCCUCCCUAUAAUGACACACAAGCAGCAUUUGACUACUAUCGUAGCAUCAAGGGCUUACCUGAAACAUACCCUUAUAAAGUCCCUACAAAUAUCACCACCCAUUUGAUGAACACCCUUUCAGUUAAUACAGUUCCAUGCUCUGAAGGCCAAACCUGUGCUGGACCAAAUGGAACAAGUUUUGCUUCUAGUAUGAACAACAUAAGCUUUGAAUCCCCCAACAUUGACAUCCUCCAAGCCUAUUACUACCACAUCACUGGGGUGUAUGACAAGGGAUUCCCUAGGUCUCCUCCAUUGGUAUUUAACUUUACUGCAGAGUAUUUGCCUCUAGUACUUGAGAUACCAAAGAAACGAACCAAGGUUGCAAUUAUUAAAUAUGGUUCAACAGUGGAAAUUGUUUUCCAAGGGACAAACUUGGUCGCUGGGAUAGACCACCCUAUUCAUCUUCAUGGCACUAGUUUCUACGUUGUUGGAUAUGGGUUUGGGAAUUUUGACAAACACAAGGACCCCAUGACUUACAAUCUCGUUAAUCCUGCUCUUGCAAAUACAGUACUAGUGCCUAAGAAUGGUUGGGCCGCCAUAAGGUACAGGGCUGCUAAUCCAGGAGUGUGGUUUGUGCAUUGCCAUCUAGAACGUCACCUCUCUUGGGGCAUGGAAACACUGUUUAUUGUGACGAAUGGAAAACGAAGUGAUGAAAAAUUACUACCUCCACCUCCAGAUAUGCCCCGUUGUUGAAGAAUAUUUUGUAGUUCCUUGCGGAGAAUAUGUUAAUGUAAUAAACAUAUAUAUUGCCACAUGAAACUAUUGGUAGCUAUAUAAAUUAACCUAGUUAGGCAUAAUUAGUUUUACUUAUAAGAUGGUUGUUUUUAUUUUUAUUUUGUUUAGGUAUAAAAAGUUGGUCGAAUGGAUAAUGACAUGUUGGAACGACUGAAUGUUUUAUCUCAGGCAUU